AUGGGUCUUGAUCAUCAGAUCAUGACAUGUGAUCCACCACGUUAUUCAGGUAAAUAUCAAGAUUUUUGCCCAACUCGUUCGAUAGGAGACAGAGCUAAUAGCAGAGGACUAGCAGAUAACUUUUCAAAAAGUGGAAUUUUCGAACGUAUUUAUACAAUAAAUCGAGAUAUUCAACCUGCCGCCCUGGAAGAUCU